UAUGAAAGAGACAGCUGAAGCGCAUACUAAAUGUCAGAGCUGAAGUCAUCGCUGCGCUGAGCACAUCUCAUACCAAUCAGUGGCAAGGGAGGUGCAACGGCACGUAAAAAGGAUCGUUCGAUAAAUAUUCAGCAUUUCCUCCUGACUCCAGAUCACUGUGCACAGAGGGACAUUUCAGCACUUAAUGACAGUUACUUGUGACUGGGAUGAAGAACUCAAUUCAGUCCAUCCUCAUUCUCAUCACUGUGCUCAUCUCAACAACAGGUGCUGAUGAGGUGGUUUAUGCUCAGGUGGGAGAGACAGUUACCCUAAAGGGUCCAGGGGUAACUUAUCAACUUGAAUAUAUGUACUGGAAGUUUGGUAACCAGAAUGGCCCUCUACUUGCCUGGUGCAAUCACCUUGGCGGAGAAAGGAUCACUGAGGAUACAAAAUGGAAAGAUAAGUUGGCGUGGUCUGACAACUCGCUGAUCAUCAAAGACAUCCAACAAGAAAACCUUGGGACAUUUGUACGUGAAAUAAUUAAAAGUCAAACUUCCAACUUCUUUCUCAUCACAGUGCUCAAACUCAACGUGAGUGUGAACCCGCCCUCUCCUCUGCUGCCUGGGGAAAAUCUGUCUCUGGCCUGCAGCGUAGAGACGCCUCAGAAUCUCGAGAAGCCCAAGAUACACUGGCUGACUCCCUGGGGAGAGAAUCUGGAAAUGAGACAAGAAACCAGGAGAGUCACAAGCAAAGACAAUGGCCAGUGGACCUGUGUAGUGACAGCUGAUCAAAAAGAAAAACAGACGAAAGUUUCUGUUACAGUUUUGGACCUCUCCCCAGCUCCUUUACGUCCUCAGUAUACGUCGAAAUCCAUGCCUCUCACCAUCCCCUGUUCCAUUCCUCCUCACAUCUCCUGGGAACAAAUCAAAGCAAAGGGCUUCCAGGAAGUUGUCUGGCAAUUCUCCCCUAAAUCGUCCUUGGGUCUCAUUCAUGAUUCUGAAACGCAAAAGCUCUACGUCCUCUCUCUGGAACGACUGAGGUGGAACAAAACUGACCAACACAGAGAACUGAAACCUGUACAAGACCCCCAAAAAAGAAAUCUGACUUUGACCAGAAAGCAAGGCAGAAAAGAAGACAGAGGAGAUUACAUGUGCAUCAUGAAAUUUAAAAAUGGUGUGACUCUGAGCAGGACCGUCCACGUAGAGGUGUUGCAAAUCAUCCCAUCCCCAGGAACAGACUUAAUUUCUGGCCAGCCGCUCAACCUGACUUGCAGCCUCAGCCAUCCACUGCCCUCUGACCUGCACCUGCAAUGGUCCCCACCUAAACAAUCGUCCCUGCCAAAAUCUGAUCAUUACCAGGCCCAUCUCACCAUCCCGGAAGUGGGUACAGGAGAUGGAGGAAAUUGGGAGUGUUCGCUGUGGCAGGGCAAAACGCAGCUGACGUCAGCUUCGAUAACUCUGAAGAUCGAACACAAACUGAGUGUGUGGAUGCUGGUGAUCAUAUGCAGUGUUGCAGUCAUCGCAAUCCUCCUCCUUAUCCUCGUUUUCAUCCUCUACCGACACAGACAACGGAGGGUGAGACACCUCAGGCAUCGACUCUGCCAAUGCAAAAAGUACGUACUAACCAUUUCCUGGACUGAUGAAAUGGCUCCAAACACACAUUUACACUCACACUCACAUUAGUACUGAAAGCAGAAUAACACUUUUAGCCGUAAGAUGUUUUAUGAAGAUACUCACAUUAAUGAAAUAAACAUCUACAUUUUGCUUUUGUAGCUCUCUGUCUCUUUCCACAAUUCAAACAGAAACCUGUGAAUUUCUGUUUCAGCCCCAAACCCAAAGGAUUCUAUAGAACAUAGUAUCCCCCAGAGAGACGGUU